AUUUGCCUUGAUGAUUGCUUGUCGAUGACCGAGUUCAAAUUUAUGGAUUGGAAAAAACCAAUUGUAAAACAGUUAUUUAUGAUUACCAUCGGCUACCAAAUCAAAAACUGGACUCAACAAUGGAGGCAGCCCCACUAAUGUCCAAAUAGAACGCUAUUCGAUACAAAAAAAAAAAAUUCUCGAAAAAAUAAAUUAUCUGUCCAAAGGCCUAAGCUGAGCCAUGUCCCCUUCCAUUUGCUGCCGUUGCAACGAGGAAAUUUGGCCCCGGGCCAUUUGCAGCUCCGGAAAGGCAUACCAUCCGCACCAUUUUACCUGCAGGAACUGCAGCCUCGUGGUGGAUCCUGCUCUGUUUUUCGCGGUAGAUGAUGAUGUGGUUUGCAGCGAGUGCUACUUGGGCAACCAUGCCGCUCGGUGCUCCGCUUGCCGGACUCCGAUUUUGGAACGCGCAGUGGCCGCCGUCGGGCGGAAGUGGCACGAAAAGUGUUUCCGGUGCGUGAGCUGCGGCAAACCGCUGAUCUCGUCUGGCUUUUACGAAGUGAACGGAUACCUCUUCUGCAAUUCACACUUCCGGGAACUGUUUUCGUCCCGCUGUGCCGGUUGUGCCGGGCCCAUCGAAGAAAGAGCCGUGGUUGCGCUGAGCACCAAGUGGCAUCAGAAAUGCUUCAGGUGUUCCAUUUGCCGUCAAAGGAUCGUCACCGGAGAAUUCAGGAUCGUUUGCGGACGGCCGAUCUGCCUAGGCUGCAAGCCCAUCGUCUUUGGUCCUCAAAAUUGCAUGUGUCCCGAAUUCUAAGUGUCUAGUGGUCUGUAUUUUAAGUUCGUUUCGUACCUGGGAAUGCGAAUGGAGUCCGCAGGGGCUAGCUGACUCCUCGUUGGAAGCUCGAUUCAUCUCUCCGCAAUUCCUGUUCAAGGGAAUAUUAGGAUAUCAGUGGGUUAUGGUAGCACUCCAUCUAAAAACUCACCAAGUGUUUUUUGUGGUCCCGGGCUCUCCGCAUCCGUAGAGCAGCAUAUGGUGGGCCGUAUUCAUGGUGGCAUUGGGAUUGAAGCCAACUGUGUGAAAAUUGACAAAUUAGAUUCUUAUACCUGAAGAUGUAUCUGAACAUACCGAUAUAGUAGGUGGUAGUUGGAUCAACUUUAACAGGGGUGCACAAGUACAAAUCCGGCUGUAUAUUAUAUGUUAUAUUUUGUUAAAAGAGAGUGAAAAUAUUAAAUUGGAUUAGUCAACAA